UUUUGCAAGCUCAUCAUCCCAGCAAACAUAGUUGUACAAAUAUAUUACAUUACAAAAUUACAUAUUAUUUCUCACCCACCCAUCCAAAAAUUGUUUUAUAAAUAAAUUAAUUUAUUAAAAAAAAAAAAAAAAAUCUGUGUGAUUCCCAAACUCACAAUCACAGGGGAAUUCUGUGAGUAGUUUGGGUUUGCACCCAAUAAAAUAGUUCAUGCGGCUGUUUUUGGAGAGGUGUGGUGUGUGAUAGUGUUUGUGGAACUGGGUUUGAGAAAUCCAAUAAUAAGGGAGGUGGGACUGUAAUUGAGAGUUGUAAAAAUGUACCGGACUGUGGCUACAGCCACAACCCGGGGUGGUGUACCAAUGGAUAGUGGGGAGACUGUUGUUAGCUUGGAUCAAGUCCCGCGGUGGAAGGACGCAGAGCAAAGGUCUUCUUUGGAGUUUGAGAUUGAAGAUCAGUCAUUUUCAAAUUCGUACUUUCCUGAUCCAUUGACAUCUCCGGGGAAGGAUAGUGGUAGCAAUGCGAUGGUGUCAAGGUUUCCUGUUGAUCAUGAGGUUAAUUCAAAGAUAUAUCUUUGGAGGGGGAAUCCAUGGAAUCUUGAGGUUGAUGCUGUUGUGAACUCGACAAAUGAGAACCUGGAUGAAGCACACAGCAGCCCUGGUCUGCAUGCUGCAGCUGGACCUGGUCUUGCAGAAGAAUGUGCUACACUGGGUGGAUGCCGAACUGGGAUGGCAAAAGUUACUAGUGCAUAUGACCUUCCUGCUAGAAGGAUUAUCCAUACCGUUGGUCCCAAGUAUGCGGUGAAAUACCAUACUGCUGCAGAGAAUGCUCUUAGUCAUUGCUACCGCUCUUGCCUAGAACUUCUCAUUGAAAAUGGGCUUAAAAGCAUUGCUAUGGGCUGUAUAUAUACAGAGGCUAAAAACUAUCCUCGUGAACCAGCUGCUCAUGUGGCUAUAAGAACUGUCCGGCGGCUUCUUGAGAAGCAGAAAGAUAAAGUGGCAGCUGUUGUUUUUUGUACUACCACUGCAACCGAUACUGAAAUAUAUAAGAGGUUGCUUCCACUCUACUUUCCUAGAGAUAAACAUGAGGAGGAGAUGGCCAUCUCGAAGCUUCCAGCAGAUGUUGGGGAUGAGAAUGGUGAGACAAUUAUAGAUGAACGUAAAAUCAGAAUAAAGCCUUUGCCAAAGAAGACUGUUCCGAAAUCUCCCCAAUCUUCUCAAGCUCCCCAAGCUCCAGAUGCUCUUCCUGUUAGUGAUGUUGGGUUGGUACGAAGGAAUUCAUCACAUUUGGAUUCAUACCUGGAUCCUGCCUUCAUGUCAUUAAUCAAAGAUCCAGAUCAGAGACGCAAGGAACAAUGGGAGAAAACUGCUCAAGCACAACGGGGUUGGAAUUGUGCAAGAAUGCUUGGAUUUGGUGACCUCGGUGCACCUCCAUUAUCUGUUGCUGAAGAAUACUCACUUCAUUCUAGAUACCUUGCUAAAGCAAAUUCUCUUAAUCUUUCUGAAAUUGCAGAGAUGAAGAUUGUCUAUCGUGGUGGGGUAGACAGUGAGGGUCGUCCUGUGAUGGUGGUUGUGGGGGCACAUUUCCUGCUGCGAUGUCUCGAUUUGGAACGAUUUGUGCUCUAUGUCAUAAAGGAGUUCGAGCCCGUGAUACAGAAGCCUUAUACUAUUGUAUACUUCCACUCUGCUGCAUCUUUACACCCUUCCAUUGAUGGCUAUUGGGCCUAUGAGCAACAGGAAGAGAGUCAACCAGACUUGGGAUGGAUGAGAAGAUUACAACAGAUACUAGGUCGGAAACACCAGCGCAACCUGCAUGCAAUAUAUGUUCUUCACCCGACGUUUGGACUUAAGGCUGCAAUAUUUGCUCUCCAAUUACUUGUAGAUAAUGUGGUGUGGAAGAAAGUGGUAUAUGUUGAUCGACUUUUGCAGCUGUUCAGAUAUGUUCCCCGUGAGCAGUUGACAAUCCCUGACUUUGUAUUUCAGCAUGAUUUAGAAGUGAAUGGAGGCAAGGGUCUCAUUGUGGACCCGAGAACAAAAUAUGUGUAUCAUCGACCCUAGUCACCAGUUGCAUGAGGUGAUAAAAGCAGGUCCACAAUUGCGAUUUUGGAAUUUGUUUCUCUUCUAAUAAAUGUGCUAGGUGGGGUGAUUAAAUUUGUCAUUAAAUCUGUAAAAAGAGUAUAUAUCUCAAUUUUUUUAUUUUAUUUUUUGAAGCAGUUUUUUCUUUGUCUUAUAAUGGAAAUAAAGUUAUUUCCUUUUUGUAUUAUCUUGGAUGAGUUAAAAAAAAUUCAAGAUGUAUGAGGGUCAUGAAAGUAGGAUGCUUGUGUUUGUAUUGAUAUUGAAAAAUUCUUUACUUUAUUUGUUUAGCUUUUACAAUUAUUGAAUUCA